AUGGGCCUACGCAUUUCUAUCGGGCACUUUUCCACGGCCGUAGCCGUCUUUAGCGUAGUAAUCCAUUGGGUAGAAUCCAGUUUCGAAUUUUUUGUCAUUUUCAAGCAUCACCAUGGCUUCGUAUGGUGUCAGCAGCGGUUUGUGGAAGGCAUACCCCCAGUCGAUCGACAAACGGGGGCACGCGACCUGGACGAAAGCGUCGAUAUCGUCAAACAUGGCCAGUUUGGCCGGGAAUAUCUCAGACAGAAUAAUCUUGACCACAAUCUUUCCGGCCUGGAUCAACUGUUGCUCGAGUUUUUCCACGGUGACUGGAUUUCCCUGUCUUCCAAGCGCUCCAAGAAUCAGGCCAAUCUUUUUAGCGUCCCUGGCACGUUGCACGGCAUCGGUUCGCACUUGAACCAUCUCCUCCUGUGCAUAGUAUUCCCUGGUGAACUUUCUAGAGUACGGAUCGUAUCUGAAAGCAGGGAUCGACGGGUUGUGAAUCAUUGCGCUCUCCAGAUGGAACCGACCGUCACCAAUGUACACCAUGGCGUCGUACUGAUUCGGGUCCAAGCUGGCAGACGUGCAUCCUAG